AUAUUUGAAUCGUGUCCUUCUGCGUGGUUUUCUUUUUAACUCAUUUUGAUACAAAUUUUGACUCAGUAAUCAAAUAAUUAUUCAUUUAGCCUUGUGGUUUUCGAAAGCGCAGAAAUAACGUAAAAAUGUAAAAUUAUCACAAAACAAGCAUGUUUGCGGUUUCCAAAAAUAUCUUUCCAAUUUGAAAAGUGAUUAAAUCAAGGAAGUAAUUUUUCGCCGUGUUCAUUUCUCUCUGGUCGAGUGAAAAGUUGAGGAUGGGCUUGACCAGCUUGGUGCUUUUGACCCUGAUUUCCGCCAACCUCUGCUUGCACUCCGGACAAACGAGUCGGCCCGCGGUUUUCAGCCACAACAUUCAGACCAGGGCGGUCAAUUUGGGCAAUUGCGACGAGUUGCUUCGAACGCCGCUCGGAGAAGCGUGGAGCGCCGAGAAAAUCGACACCAGGUUUUUCCUCUUCAAAAGAAACUUGUUCUGGCCGGUUCAAGUCAAGGUUGGAUUUCACCGCGAGAGUGGCGAGUGGCGCAAAGGGUUGAGCAAGGUUUUGGGCAAACAGGAGACGAUUUUCAUCAUCCACGGUUUCCGCAACAGCGGCAGGGACGAGUGGGUCCGCAAAAUGGCCUCGGCGCUUCUCCGGGCCAAGGAGAAUUCUAACGUGAUCGCCGUGGACUGGCAAAACGGCGCGUCCCCGCCGUCGUUUUGGAACUACCUGAGCGCCGUUUCCAACACUCAGGUCGUGGGAAAGCAAGUUGCUGAGUUGGUUCGGCACUUGAACGAGCACUUGGGCAUUCCCCUGAGCGACUUCCACCUGAUCGGCCACAGCCUCGGCGCUCAGGUUGCCUCCUACGUGUCGCACCACCUCCGGGGCAAGGUCGGCCGCCUCACAGCCCUGGACCCGGCCAGUCCGUGCUUCAACCUGGUCAGCAACGAGCUCAGGGUGGACCCUGAGGACGCCGAGUUCGUCGACGUCAUCCACACGAACGGCAGGGACAAGUACAGCCUCGGCCUGAUGACCCCUGUUGGCGACGUUGAUUUUUAUCCGAACGGGGGUCAGGAACAACCUUCGUGCCAAAGAACCUCUCGUUCGCGCAGCAACCUUUGGUUGAAAGCAAAGCAAGUUUUUGACGUGGUGGCUUCGUCGAUUUGCAGCCACGCCUUGGCCGUCGAAUACUUCACCGAGUCCAUCUCGAGCAAGUGUCGUUUCUGGGGCAAACACUGGGACCUCCAAAAUCGAGGAAACGGAACGUGUCGCGGGAAACGGUGCGAGGCCAUUCCGAUGGGCUUUGAAAGCAACAAGUUUGCCGGACGCGGAACUUUCUACGUAAAGGUCGUCAACGCCACUCCCCAUUGUGGUCAGCAUAAUUAAUUAAAAUUACUCGGUUUUAUUUAAAAAAAAUGUCAGCCUUAAAAAACGCAGGCUAGAUUUUGGUGGGGCCAACAAUCUGGAUUUUAAUUACAUUUUUAUACCUCAAAUUUAAAUGAAUAUCUUUUUAGAUUUUAUCAGAACCUGUAAUUUUUCAGACUUCUAUAAUCUUAAUAGAAAGCUGAUCGACAACUCUAUUAAUGAAUGUCAUUUUAAUCUUAUUUGAUACGUUUGAUACUAAUUAAAAGUUUUGUGUUGUUCUUUUCUUCAUUUUUUUCAAUCCAUUCUUUUCUUUUAAUAAUUUUUCACACAUAGAGAUUUUUAUUUUGUUUCCUCAUUGAAUAAGGUCGCAGACCGUCACCGAAACUAGUGGAGCCUUUCUAUGUUAAAAAAAAAUUAUUUUUUCCAUCAAUAGUACACAUCUUGACGGGUUUCAAUGUCUGCAACACAAACAAUAUUAAUAUAUUAUUACCAUUUUUUUUUUUCAAUCACAUCUUUGUUUCGGGAAUGUACAGUUCUUGAAGUAACCUUUAAUUUAAUAAAACAAAAAAUGCAUAAUUUAUUUUAGUGCGAAAAAAUUCCAUUGCUAAAGAAAUUGAUUAGAUGUGAAAGAAACUUGAGGUUGGUAUGCAACCUGCUCGGCUUUCAAAGCGAGCGGGUUGCCUACCUUCAACUCUCGGAGGCGCCUGUUAAAUUUGUUUGUUUUUGCAGUAAGACAAGUCUAACAAGUUCAACUUCAAUUCUGAGAAAACGGUCAGAAUUUAUGAAAUAAACAUAUUGAGCCUUUUUUUUUAUCAAGAAACAACUUUGAUCUGGACAAAGCUUGUCUUGGGUUUCUUGCAUUCACAUAUAACUAACUUUGAAAAAAAAAUAUGAAAAUGGAAUAAAUUCAGAAAAUUAAAUUUAACUAAACGCUCUUUUGAGGAAUUCAUAAAAUGCCAAAGUGUCGAAGCUACAUAAUUUCUUUUAUUUGCUGUCUUCACUUCACAAAGCAAGAAAAAUUAAAUGCAUUAGAGCUAGAAUUUGAUUUUAUGAUAUUGUUAAAAUCCAACUUCAAAUUAUUGUGGCUCAAUCUUUAAAAAAGGUCGGUAUAUAAGCAAUUCGAGGUUAGUGGAAACAAACUUAGUUCUUAUAAGCUCGCUUAUUAUAAAACAACUAUGAUUUAAUUUUUACCACUCAAAGAAUGUGAUUCUUAUUAAAAAUAAUUCACUUCUUUUUAUUUAGUUUACUUAGAAAUUAAAAGUUCGAUAUAAUCUUUAAUUUUUAUUAAAAAAAUAGAUUUUGUAAAAUAAAACACGAAUGAGGACAAAUGCAUAGAGAAGAAAAGCCAAUUUCGAAUUAUAGCACCAUCGUGACUUUUUCAAUGGUUUGACAAAUUCGCUUGAAUCAAAAUCUUAUAUUGUAGCCACAAAGAAUUGCAACCUCGUCAAAGUAACUUAACAAUAUAUUUUUGUAAAAAAGUUCUACUAAAACAAAAAAAAAAAAUUGCUUGUGCCGUAUCAUUCCUUACAACAUUCAAAUAUUUGUGUCUCUUAAGUAGUAAUCUGAUUGCAUUUUCAAAGAAACUUUUCUUUAGCCGCCUCCAAAUUCGUUUCGCCCUCUGAAUUUUCCUCUGAAGCAUUGAUGCUUUUUUUGACGAACCAGUUGUAAAUUUCGACUUUCCCCAUCCGGCUCCUGCUUGACGCAAGAUGCAGCGCAGUUUCCUUGUAUUUGGUUUUCUUCUCGAUCAAUUGGGGAUUUUUCGCGUGCAAAUAUUCCAAGAGUUCGAGUUUAACGAACUGACGAAAAGCGGCAAAGUGCAUCACGUUAUACCCAUUUUCGUCCACGGCGUCCACCUCAACGCCUGCUUCUUCCACCAGCCACUUGCACGUGUCAAAUCUUCCGUAU